AUGCUGGCCAGCCCCCAUCUGCUUACUGAACUGCUGCUUGAACACACGCAGCUCAGCUGGUAUGGAUGUGCGUGAUGCAUUUUUGGCUGCAUCUGCCAAAAUGGGUUGUGGCCUACCAAAGCUGGAGAAGUCGAAUGAAAACAGUCCAGGCAAAAUCUAUUCAACUCUUAAACGACCACAAGUGGAAACUAAAGUAGGAAUAGCCUAUCAGUAUAAGGUCCUGGACUUCACCACAGCUGAGACAGAGAUAACAGAGUCAUCCGCAGUCAAGCUUUCUUCCUUACGUCAUCUUCCCACUCAAUUACAUGAAUUUUAUCAGAAGGGCUUUGUACUUGCUGGUAUUCACCCAUUCAUACACUGCAUUGAUGUGCGGAAGGGCACGCCAGAAGAGACAAUGUUCAGGGCCAUUUUGAUCAAACCAGCAGCAAGCUCUGAUGAGAAUAAUACCAAGACUGAGCCAAGCCGCCUUGAAGUAGAAUUGAGUUUGCUGUCCAAUCAACUUCCUAAAUCAAAAGGGCUAACAGAUAUUCUUCAAAAAGUACAAGAGGAAUCAAGAAAAGGUCUACGAUUUGUUGGACUUGUGCAGCAGCAAAAUUCUCCUGCUGAUCCAGCAGAAAAUUAUGAAGGAAACUUAACUGUUAACAAUACUUUAUGUCAAAACAACUCAACAAAAGGAGAAAAGAAUGCUUGUCAAAACACACCAAACAAUACCACUGGAGAGAAACUCGAACAAAAUCAGGAAACAGAAGCUACAGAGGGGAAGGCAAAACAAAAUGUAAAUCAAGGAGAGGCAUCCCUGGAUGAAGGACAAAGUGCUUCAGAUCAAGCAAAAAACAAUGAACAAAUCAGUGGGCAAUCCAUGGCAGAAUUAACAAAUCAGGAAUGUCAAAAUGAUGCUGGUGAGAUUAAAAAUAAGAACACAGCUGACUGUGAGUCAGAAAGCAAAGUUGCUGAUAAACCAGAAGAUCCAGCACAAGCAGAAACGUUUGAAACCAACACAGCAGAAGGCCUGCAGAGUAAGAGUCCACCUGGACAGGAGCAGUCUCCCAUAGCAACCGACAAGUGCAAUGAGGUGAAGCACGGAACAGAAAGCUGUGAAGCAGCUGAAGCAACAAAUUUGUCUGAAGGCAAUGACACCAAACAGCAAGAACACCUGAGAUUGGCAAAGCCUGAGGAGAGUGGAAAGAAGAAUGUGGAGAAUGAAGUGUUCCUCCUUUUCAAUAAACAAGAAAGCCAGAAAUCUUACAAGUACUACACAGUCACAAUUCCACUGAAGAUCUGUAAGAAGGGACAGGAUAUUAACAGUAUAGAAGCAAAUUGGCUAGAGCACAUGACCCAACACUUCACAAAGGGAGCCUUGUUGGUGGAUGCUUUGAUUUGUCUGGGAACAUUGGCCGAUUCUGUACCGAAAUCAGUGGAUGGGCUCUUUAUAUUUGAAGGAGUUUCUGAGGACAAGUGUGAAAGCUAUGAUGCCAUUGUUGUCGAGCAAUGGACAGUGAUUAAUGGAGUUGAGGUGAAAACAGAUUAUGUUCCUUUGCUGAAUUCUCUGGCUGCAUAUGGUUGGCAGUUAACCUGUGUGCUUCCUACUCCUAUAAUAAAGAGAGACAGUGAAGGGAAUCUUGCUACAAAACAGAUUGUUUUUCUCCAGAGACCCUCACUGCCCAACAAAGAAAAGAAAAAAGAAUCAAAGAAAAAAUCAAUAAAAGAUGACAAGUCAAGCAAGCAAGAAAAAAAUUGCCUGCAAGAUAAAAAUGCCAAAGUGACUGUACAAGUAAAGAACUCUACAGGAGAUUCUGAUGAAAAUGAGAAACAGGAACAAAGUGUUGCGAGUAAUGGUGACAAAGAAAGUGCUGAAAAUGGAAUAUCCUUGAGAACAGACGGGAGCGAAAAGGAAUGUGCCCCUGAAGCUGAAGCAGCCCAAGACACUGUUUGUGCGACAAAUGCUGAAACUGAGAAAUGCUUGGAAACGGUUGGGAAUAUUGGUGUAGCAGAAAAUAUAGUCAAGGAGGCCAGUGGCAACAAUGAUAUUGUGGAUAGGAAAGAUGAACAGGAAGCAUGUGAGGAUAAAUGUCAAAAUAGCAAAAUUAGUGUAUGUGAGGAAGAGGCCAACCAAGCAAAAAUAGAUGCUAAAGUAAGCAGUAAAUGUGUUGACACCAGUCAGCAGCUUGGCAACAUGCCAGCUGCAGAGGUGGCAACCAAGAACACAGAGGAAACAGGUAUGUCCAAUGCAGAAAAAACUAAUAAGGCAACUGAGGAACAUGAGAACGUCAUUCUGGUGCAAGAGGAUGAUGGUACAGUCACUGAAUAAAGCAGAAUUUCAGUUUGAUAUAUCUAGACAAAAGUCAAAAGGAAAUGGUCCUGUAUUUUGCCCUUCGGCGUAAUCUUGCUGGCCAGAUUUUAAUGUACUUCUUAAUGUUAAUAUUGUGCCACACAUUGUGCAUGAUCUUUCUCACACACACACACUUUGCAAAAACAGAUAUUGUAAGUUGACAUUUUGUUUUUGUUUAAUGAUUCUGAAAAUCAUGGGCAUGACUUGCUAAAAUUACUAACAUGUUGAAAUGCGCUGGAGAUAAAAUACCUUUUGUGUUGGUCAAGUGAGGUAGCAACCUUUGAGGAGUUAAUGUAAUAUCAAAUACAACAUUUUUAUACAAAAAUAAAUGACUUCUGUUCAACUUUUUUUUUACAAGA